AUGUCCAACAAUCCCAUCCUUGUGCAGGCACAGCACCUGGUGUCUCGCAACACAACAGCCCAGCUUCGCGCCGCCCACCUGCCCGACGCACCCAACGCCAUCGUGCUGCCCAUGGUGCGCCUCGCCCUCUCCUGCAUCGCUUCCGACCCGCUCUCCCGCCCAACAGUCACCGACCUGCUCCGCUCCAUCAAGGCCCUCAAGCGCUCCCUCUCCGCCCACCCGUGCCCACCUGUGCCUGGCAACGCAGGGGCGAGCAGGGAUGGUGAGACCCAUGGUGCUGCCGGCGGUGGGGGGACUGGAGAGAAGCAGGGUGGGGAGGGUGGGGAUGGGCUUUCUGGGGGGUUUAGUCAAAAUGUGCUAGAUGCAAAGUUAGACUGGCUUGUGGAGGAAGAGGAUAGUGGUAGCCUGGAGCCAUCCGUCAGGAGCGCUCAAGCCUGGAGCCAUCCGCCAGGAGCGCCCAAUCCUGGAGCCAUCUGUCAGGAGCGCUCAAUCCUGGAGCCAUCCGUCGGGAGUGCUCAAGCCUGGAGCCAUCUGUCAGGAGCGCUCAAGCCUGAGCCAUCCGUCAGGAGCGCUCAAGCCUGGAGCCAUCCGUCAGGAGCGCUCAAGCCUAGAGCCAUCCGUCAGAAGCGCUCAAGCCUGGAGCCAUCCGCCAGGAGCGCUCAAGCCUGGAGCCAUCCGUCAGGAGCGCUCAAGCCUGGAGCCAUCCGUCAGGAGCGCUCGAGCCUGGAGCCAUCCGUCAGGAGCGCUCGAGCAUGGAGCCAUCCGUCAGGAGGCCAUCCGUCGGGAGCGCUCAAGCCUGGAGCCAUCCGUCAGAAGCGCUCAAGCCUGGAGCUAUCCGCCAGGAGCGCUCAAGCCUGGAGCCAUCCGCCAGGAGCGCUCAAGCCUGGAGCCAUCCGUCAGGAGCGCUCAAGCCUGGAGCCAUCCAUCAGGAGCGCUAAAGCCUGGAGCCAUUUGUCAGUAGCGCUCAAGCCUGGAGAAAUGGAUGAAGCACCGCAUUGUGAGCAGAGAAGCACAACAGCUUCCCCUCAUCCCCUCCAUCCGUCAACCACCCACACUCCCACGAACACCCUGAUGUGA